GGGGAUGGCGGAGUCCCCUGCCGGGGGCGGGGCUUCGCGGUUUGGACGCCGCCGGGGUCUUGGUUUCCCGGGGCUGCCGUUGGCGCGGGUGAACGCGGACCCUCCUCUUCGCGACCCCAGUGCUCUGCCCUUUUUUCCCUCCGGUUCCUUCUGCAGCGGGGUCGGAGCCUCGGCGCCGUGCGCCCUUGCCCAGAAACUUCUCUGAAGCUUGCUUUAGGAUACUUGCUAAACAACUCGAAAUUGGUUGUAUAACUUACAGAUCAGAAAGGGGGAUAAUGGAAUAAGAAAAAAUUAAUGUAAAAGAAGACAAGAAAAUAGAGAAGAAAGAUGGGAUAAAUAGCACAAAAAAGCACAGGAGAAAACGACGCUCCACACCUUUAACUUCUUCCACACUUCCUUCACAAGCAACAGAGAAAAGCUCCUAUUUUCAGACCACCGAGAUUUCACUCUGGACGGUGGUGGCCGCUAUUCAGGCUGUGGAGAAGAAGAUGGAGUCCCAGGCUGCCCGGCUACAGAGCCUGGAGGGACGCACGGGGACAGCCGAGAAGAAGCUGGCCGACUGUGAGAAGAUGGCCGUGGAGUUCGGGAACCAGCUGGAGGGCAAGUGGGCCGUGCUGGGGACCCUGCUGCAGGAGUACGGGCUGCUGCAGAGGCGGCUGGAGAACGUGGAGAACCUGCUGCGCAACAGGAACUUCUGGAUCCUGCGGCUGCCCCCGGGCAGCAAGGGGGAGGCCCCCAAGGUGUCCAGGUCACUGGAGAAUGAUGGCGUCUGUUUCACCGAGCAGGAAUGGGAGAAUCUGGAGGAUUGGCAGAAGGAGCUCUACAGAAACGUGAUGGAGAGUAACUAUGAGACACUGGUCUCUCUGAAGGUCCUUGGCCAGACAGAGGGAGAAGCGGAGUUGGGUACAGAGAUGCUGGGUGACUUGGAAGAGGAAGGUCCUGGUGGUGCCCACCCAGCAGGUGGGGUCAUGAUCAAACAGGAGCUACAGUAUACACAGGAAGGCCCUGCGGAUCUUCCUGGAGAGUUCUCAUGCAUUGCUGAAGAGCAGGCUUUCCUGAGCCCAGAGCAGACCAAACUCUGGGGUGGUCAGGGCAGUUCUGUCCUCUUGGAAACAGGUCCUGGGGACUCUACUCUAGAGGAGCCUGUUGGUAGUAGAGAUCCUAGCAGCAGCAGAACUGUGGGCUGCCCGAAGCAGAAAUCUCAUAGGCAGGUACAGCUGGACCAGGAAUGUGGGCAGGGCCUGAAGCUGAAAAAGGACACUUCCCGCCCCUACGAAUGUUCUGAGUGUGAGAUCACCUUCCGCUAUAAGCAGCAGCUGGCCACACAUCUGCGCAGCCACUCUGGGUGGGGGUCUUGUACACCUGAGGAGCCAGAGGAGAGCCUUAGGCCCAGGCCACGGCUGAAACCACAGACCAAAAAGGCCAAGCUGCAUCAGUGUGAUGUGUGCCUGAGGAGCUUCAGCUGCAAGGUGAGCCUGGUGACCCAUCAGCGUUGCCACCUGCAGGAGGGGCCCAGUGCCGGCCAGCAUGUCCAGGAGAGGUUCUCACCCAACAGCCUGGUUGCCCUGCCUGGCCACAUCCCCUGGAGGAAAAGCCGGAGUUCCCUCAUCUGUGGUUACUGUGGCAAGAGCUUCAGUCACCCAUCUGACUUGGUGCGGCACCAGCGCAUCCACACGGGCGAGCGGCCCUACAGCUGCACCGAGUGUGAGAAGAGCUUUGUCCAGAAGCAGCACCUCCUGCAGCACCAGAAGAUCCACCAGCGGGAGCGGGGUGGGCUGGCCCUGGAGCCCGGAAGGCCCAAUGGCCUGCUUUAAGGGUGCAGCCCCUCGCCCGUCUGGGGGAUGGAGGGGGGUGGCAUUGGUUCCCCCGAAGAGACACUGCAGUCAGGGACUGAGUUCUUCCUGAGGGCAGUUUGUGAUUUGCCUUCCCUUGUCCCAGUACCAAGCCAAGCCCAAAGGCUGUCCUGAAAACCCUGUGGAAGAAGAGUCCAGGCCAGGUCUUCAUCCUGCUGCCAAGUUUGCUGUUUCUUGGCACCUUCAGGUCUCUGGUUUUCUCAUUCAUGCCAAUGCUUGCGGGCUGGGGUUGGCGUUCUGACCCCACAGGGACUGGUGGCUGGUUCCAGGGCUCGUCCCAGCAUUUCAUGUCUUCCCACAGGGUUGAGUCGGGCCAUAGGGGUGAGCAGCUGCCUGGAAGAGUUCUGGGAAGUAUAACCCUCCAUUUUUUUCUUGUUUUGUAAUCUCUUUGUUUAAUAACAAGUAGAAGAAAUAAUUUAAAUGAACUGCUUAGCCCUGCUCUGAAGAACCUUUUUUGGAAUUAGAUUUUAGUUGAUUUUCUAAAAAAUACAGCCCAACACUUGUUUUUUACAUUUUAAGAGUUGUAGAAGUUGUUCCUAACUUGGGGACUGGACCUACCCUCUAGGAGGGAGUUGUUAAUGGGGCUCUUUUAGCCCACUGAUGCUUACUUAGGCCGGAGAGCAGGGGACACGGUGCUAGGUUCCCUCGUGCGGUGCUUGGUGCUCUCAAAUUGUCUCAAAAGGACCAAGAGGAAAAGAGUCGGAGGGGUAGACCCUGCAGCCCCUGUUGAGAAGAAAGAUUCCAGUGAAGUUGCUGAUGGUAUGGCUGUGGUCUGGGACUUGCGGUGUCUCGGCAUACCCCUCUCCUCUUCCCACCUCCUCCUGGCUAUGUUCUGCAGCCUCCCAGAGUAGAAAACUACUUUGUUACUUAAGGUUGUUCAGCUUGUACCAGUGGUUAUUUGAGUUUGUUCCUAUUACACCAAUCCUUACUUGAGGUGGUUCGGAUUACAGUUUCCAAAUGCAUUCUGGGAUUGCCUGUUCCAGAGAGGGUACAGAAAAAGCACACAGAUGGCUUGUCUCAGGAGUGUUGAAUGUGUGCCCCGCUGCUGUCUGGGGGGAUGGGAGUGGGCUCUGGGGUCAUAUGUGAACAUCCCCUUGGAUGAUUUGCAGUUGCUUAGAAUAAAACUUGCUACUAGCAAAAGAAAAAAAAAAAAAAGAGUUCAUACUGGAUGUUUUUCUCUGUUUGUCAAGAACACUCUUCUGGGGCCAAGGUGGAGGAGAGGCACCUGACCUGGAGUGAUGACAGGGAAGGACUGAUGGCACAGCCUAACCUGCACUUUUACUUAAACCUAGGACAGAAGACAAGAUGUGGCAUAGGUGAAAAUUUUUAGGGGACUGUACUUAUGAUGGUGGAGAGCUGGAGACAGUCUGGGUGAUGGCUAUUGGGAGGGAGGUAGAGUAGGUGAAAUGUGGGUACCCCAGGGAGUGCCAGGUAGCUGUUAUGAGCAUUGGCUUAGAUAUAUGUGUAGCCAUCUGGAUCCAUCUUAAACACAAUGCUGAGGGGAAAAGGUAAGAAAUUGAGAUCUAUAAUGUAACACCAUUUAUAUAAAUUAAAAAUGCAUGUACACAC